AGAUUUCCUGGAUCAAUUGUUUGGCAUCAUGCCACGUGUGGAGAUCAAAGUCAUUUUAGAUUUCAUGUGCCCAUGGUCCUUUAUUGGACUUCGAUCUAUGCAGCUGGCAAAAGAGCGCUUCAGUGGAUUGGACUUCAAGAUCGAGUUUCUUCCUUUUGAGUUCGAUCCACCUGGAAGAUAUCCAUCAGAUGGUACUGACUGGCAGGAUUACUGCAAAAGCUUUGGUUCAGCAAAGGCAAAGUUCCUCCUUGAAGAAAAGCUUCCACGAGCUUUUGCCAUCGGCAAAGAGCUCGGCAUCCGAUUUCGCCUGGAUCGGAGAAUCGUGCAUACUGUGGAUGUGAACACCGCCUUGCUGGUGGCACAGGAGCACGGUGUCGCCGAAGAGUUUGCGGCCUCGACUUUGGCCGCACACUUCGAAGGCUUAGAGAAUCCCAAUGAUCUCAAAGCUCUGACGAAGCGCUUCGAGGCACUCAAUGUGGCACCAGAGAAGCUUUUGGAAGCAUUGAAAGAUCCAGACAAGGAGCUGCGGAAUUGGCAACGAAGCCAAGAGCUUCGGCCAUUCCUGCGGAGUGGAGUUCCUCAAUUUGAGCUGCAGGUGGGCCCACGAACCAAAAGUACUUCGAUGAGAUCUUUGAGAAAUGCAUGAAUUACCACCUCGAGCUUUGAUAAAGAACACGAAGCUGUUUCAGUCCAUCCAGGCUUCACGGCUUCUUCCGAGACACGGUCUCGUCGGUCCUGGUCGAUGACCGCGGCGGACGAGGAGAGGAUGGAGAGGUGAAGACCGCAAGGAAGCCCUCACGAUGAGACGCGGGCGGCUCCCUCUCAGCAAAUUUGCCUCAGGGUUCGGAUUCUGCCAUGGUGGAGAUGGUCAUGUUCCACCAGCUUCGAGAAAUUCGGACAGCACAAAGAUACAAAACACCUGACUCUCAAGCAUUUUCCAGAUCGUGU